AUGGCCAUGGAAAUUGUCAAGCACGGCGAGGAGGAGGAGUUCGCCAUCAAGCCCCAGGCCUCUGUCCCUCACCUGGACACGAGCAGCUGGCCUCUGUUGCUCAAGAACUACGACAAGCGCAACCCUCUGAAGAGAGACAUCAAGUCCUACAUCUCUUCCGGUGUCAUCAACCUUGACAAGCCCUCCAACCCCAGUUCCCACGAGGUUGUCGCUUGGGUCAAGCGUAUCCUUCGCGUUGAGAAGACCGGUCACAGCGGUACCCUUGAUCCCAAGGUCACUGGUUGCUUGAUUGUUUGUGUCGACCGUGCUACCAGACUCGUCAAGUCCCAGCAGUCUGCUGGUAAGGAGUAUGUUGCCGUCAUCCGCCUUCACGACAAGCUGCCCGGCGGCAAGGUCCAGUUCGCCCGCGCUCUUGAGACUUUGACUGGUGCCCUCUUCCAGCGCCCUCCUUUGAUCUCUGCCGUCAAGCGUCAGCUGCGUAUCCGUACCAUUCACGAGAGCAAGCUCAUCGAGUUCGACAAUGAUCGCCACCUCGGUGUCUUCUGGGUUUCCUGCGAAGCUGGAACCUACAUCCGUACCCUCUGCGUCCAUCUCGGUCUGUUGCUCGGUGUUGGUGGCCACAUGCAGGAGCUCCGAAGAGUGCGCUCUGGCGCCAUGGGCGAGAGCAAGGAGAUGGUUACUCUGCACGACGUGCUUGAUGCUCAGUGGACCAUGGACAACACCAGGGAUGAGUCUUACCUGCGCAAGGUCAUCUCUCCUCUGGAGACUCUUCUCACUGGCUACAAGCGUGUUGUGGUCAAGGACAGCGCUGUCAACGCUGUCUGCUACGGUGCUAAGCUUAUGCUUCCCGGUCUUCUGAGAUACGAGUCCGAAAUCGAGGUUCACGAUGAGGUCGUUCUCAUGACCACCAAGGGUGAGGCCAUCGCCCUCGGCAUUGCCCAAAUGUCCACCGUCGAGAUGUCGACAUGCGAUCACGGCGUUGUUGCCAAGGUCAAGAGAUGCAUCAUGGAGCGCGACUUGUACCCCAGAAGAUGGGGUCUUGGUCCCCUCGCCUCCGAGAAGAAGAAGAUGAAGGCCGACGGCAAGCUCGACAAGUACGGCCGCCCCAACGAGGCCACUCCCGCCAAGUGGGUAUCCGAGUACAAGGACUUCGGAGCUCCUGCUGGUGAGGCUGCUCCUGCAGCGGCGGCUCCCGCCACUCCCCAAAAGGCGGUGGAGUCUACGACAGCUACUCCCGUUGCAGUCACCCCUGCUAACGCCGAGGAUGAUGGCGAGUCCAAGAAACGCAAGAAGCACGAGGGCGAGACACCCGACGAGAAGGCGGAGCGCAAGCGUCGGAAGGCUGAGAAGAAGGCGGCCAAGGCCGCGAAGAAGGCAGCCAAGGGUGGUGCUGACGACGAUGACGACAGCGAGUAA